CUUGGCAACAUUCAUUUUAAGAACGAUCUACAACUGUCGAUGCGUGCAAAUCAUAUCUGAGUCUUUAUAGAUCCUUACACAGGUAAAGACGGGCUUCUUCCGAGUUUUUCAUUUUCGAUUUGUUGAGUGAAAGGGCACAGACGCCGAUUGUAAAGAAUUGAGAUCCGUUUUUCUUAGAAAUAUCACUUCCAAGGAAAUAUUCUGUUGUCGAAAUUCAUCUUGAUAGAAUCACCUAAAUAGAAUGAUAAACGAAAUGCAUGACUACUGCAAACCGGCGGGAACCAAGAGAUUGCGUUUUCGAGACUGGCUCAAGCAGAAGCUUGACGACAAUGAAGUCGAAGGUGUGGAGUGGAUCGACCGAAGCCGUGGAUUGUUCAAAAUUCCUUGGAAACACGGAUUGCACCGUCAAUGGUGUUGUCAUUACGAUAGUGAAAUUUUCAAACAGUGGGCUAUUUAUUCUGGAAAAUACACGGAAGGAAUCGAUCUCCCCAAUCCCAGCAAGUGGAAGACGAAUUUCAGAUGCACGUUGAAUGCGCUCCCGGAUUUUAAAGAAGUUAGGGAGAAAAGUCGCCCUCGAGGAAACGAGGCGUAUAAAAUUUACAUGAUGAAAAGUAAACACUCAAAAACCGAGCGGAAGGCCACUGGAGAAAAACGUAAGUCCUUAGAAAACUAUAAACUAUUAUAUCUUCCGCAAUUUUUUAUUAAAAUAGAAAACCACACAGCUUUAGUCAGGAAAUGCAAAUUUCACAACAGAGUACGGACCUUGGAAGGGUCACACCAAAAGCGCAUGACUACACGACAUGACACAAAUGUGUCUUCGUAUUCAGUCUUAAUUCUGGUCAUAUAAAUUACAAUUCAAUAACUUUCCAUUGCGUACUCCGUUUCUUACAUUUAAAUGUCAUUCCUCGGAUAAGAAACACCCCUUUUCUAGAAGAUAAGUGGUAAGGGGGCGGGGGGAGUAUUUAAAAGAGUUAAUAAAUUCUCCGUUCAAAUUUUCAUUCGCUUGCAUACUUUUAGUUACUAAUAAAACACUAACGUCUUAUAUAUAUUUUACUUCGAGGUAUACAUACUUUUACCAACUUCGCCAGGAAACUCUUUUUUUAUUUCGAACUAUCUGCUCAAAUCACCGGGUGCAGGGUGUGGUUGUUUUUAAAACAACAUAUCAUUAGAAGGAAAAGAUAGACACACAGGAAGCACAAGAACCUGCUUGCCAAGCAACUUUGUAGUUCUCACGACUGAAAACUUGCAAACUUAGCAACUACUGAUCAAAGCUAAAACCGCACCCUACAUCCUGACCACACCCUUUGGCGUAAAAAAGGGAAGUUAAAUAAUAAAUGUUUACUAUUACCGUGGGAGAAAUUUUUAGGAAAAUUCCAGGGAAUGUAGCUACGGAAAAAGAGAAUACUUUUAAAAGCGUCAAGCCUCACACUGCGCAACUAAACUCAAUACGCCUUACUUCCAAAUCAGUCAAACAGAUUUCCGAACUAGCUCAAGGCCUUCAUGAUGCUACGCGCGCAGAUAGAUAGUUUUAACAUACUUUCUUAGACAAACUAUAUACAUUUUCGAUAUUUUAAAUCUGCAGCAUCUACACAGCAAUCGUUUGAUCUGACGGAUAAGGAAAUAGUUCAGGUAAGUAUUGCCACUGUCUUUCAUUAAGUAGUGAACUCACUCGAAAUUUUUAAGAGCUUCUCACAACCGAAGCACCGUCCUAAAUAAGCACCGCACUUGCAGCGCACUCAUCGACAUUUUUGUGCCAAUAUAAUCAAAUACAAAUUUGUUGAAAAUCCUGUAAUUCAUAGAAUCAAUUUCGAAACUCCAAGUUUACAAUUUACAAAUGUAAUGUACUUAAGUUAAGGACCAUAUUUUAUAGUUGCCUCUAUGUCAAAGAUAGCCGACUGCCAUAGUAGAUCUAGCGGACGCUUGCGAAAGACAAAAAAAAUAUUUCUCUAAAAGUCUAACACUCAGUUUUUGUUGCUGAAAGACUCUUAAUACGCCCGUGAUAAAAAAAAAACAACAACAACAACUUCAAACCAACUUCCCCCUCUAACCGCCAAAAAAAUGAGAAUUAUUAAAAGUUAUUUCAGGUAGAUGACCAUGCCUGUUGAAGCACCACAAAAUUUCUAAUGAUCCAUAUAUAUUCUGUUAUUUUUUAGCUCCUAGAUGACAUGAUGAGACCCGUUCUCUCGAGUGAGAAGCAGACAGCGCUAUCGCGUCGCCCAAUUUCAGCUUUCCCGGCAUUUGAGACUCUCGUGGUUGACAGAUCAAAAGGUUAGUAUGAUUCUUGCAAAUAUAAAAUACAUUAUACAUCUUGCGGCCACAUUUCCACUAAGACCACUUAUGCUUGUCCCGGCGUGUACAUCAGGGGUCCUAGUGGGGUCAACUUGCCUAUCUUAGUCCCUGCACGGCUUCUUCCCUGGCCUUCUCAGUCAAUGCAUUUCGGUGACGUAUCCGAGACGCGCUCGGACCACGUGACCGGAAACGCAUCAGCCGUUAACUUUCUUCCAAUCUACGCAAAGGUACCCUGAACAGAUGCUUCCAUUACAGAGAAAUGUUCGUUAAUGUGUUAAAACACCUUAAACCCGUCUAAUACAUUCUCACUCAGCUACUUGUUUUGCGCAGAAAAUUUUCCUAACUUCGUAUUUCACGCUACGCCUUGGAUCUUGGCGGCUUGGAAUGCGAUGGCGGUGGACCAAUUCGUGCCGAAACCUGUGAAGAAGACGGACAAAGGGGAUGAAAAAGACGACGGCGAUGAAGAUAUCAGUGAAAAAACUCCAGAGAAGCCUGAAGAUAAAACAAGUGAAUAGACAGUUAGACUGUAAGCCAGUAGAAUUCAAAACGUCAGCGAAGCGUUCGAUCAGUUAAUGCUGUUAGGACUAUCGCAUCCUAAACACUCACUAAUAUUGACGAAAUUCGACAUGAAGUAACCCUUGGUCAUGGCUUAAGAUUAGAAAAUGGUUAUGGGAUGAUCUUUUAAGUUUUUAAAAUGACUCCAGUCGAUCAUGACAGACCCCUUUCUGAGACAUUUUUAAGACCGAAAUUGAUGCGAAAACACGUUGCCGGCCUUUAACGCGGGAAAGCGUGUUCUAACUUUGGAUUGGUUGAUAAAAUGGCGAGAGAAUUCCUGGCCAAUAAAAUAGCAAGGUUCGUGAUAGCCCAGUUCAAAAUAUUUGGAAUUCCUACACUGAGGCUGAUGGGAUAGAAUUAAAAGUCAUACUUGGCUCCGUGGCUCUGGGGUAUAAAACAUGAGAAUUGAGAUUCAGGGCUGAAUAAUUCAAUUCUUUUUUUGCUCCCCUAUAUACGCCUUGGAGUCGAAUAUGAAUUUUGAUGAAUUCAAAACCAACUAGAGUAGUAUAAGAGCUGCGCGUAAGGUCUCUCCUAAUUGGUCGCAGGAAACAAUGACAUGUCAUUCUUCCAAUUGUUUUAGUAUUGUUUGGGGUCAGGGGAACGGACCAUUGGUGACUUCUCUUCGACCAAACUUAGAAAGUGCUCACAUUUAUAUAAGUCCAGAGUUAAUGUGACGACAUGACAACGUCGAAAAGACCAUGACUUAGUCGCGUAAGGUUAUUUGUUUAUUUGCUCACAAAGCUUGAAUAUCCUGCUUUUUUGCCCAGGGAAUGUUCUUAGGAAGACAGGUGUUUUUGGUAGCUCGAACGUAUAAGAUAGAAAUCUAUUAGUUUUAGCUUAAGUUAUGUCACAGGGAACCCAGGCUCCUGAAGUGGCCGCACCGUGUGGCAAACUCAGGCCAGUAACAGUAUGACUGGUAUUAAAAAGCGAUCCACUAUGACAAGAAACGUCCAUUAAAUUUCACAUAUUUCAUGGUAUGUUGUUUAUGUGUGGUUUCUCGACUUUAUUGAAGUCUUUGUGGUAUUUGGUUGAUUAGGAACUGAGAAACGGAUUGAAAGCC